ACUCACCUCACAACCUCACCGACAUCAUGGCUGCUCAGAAUGGCAUGGUCGAUCCGGCCAUCUUCCAGGACUUGCAAGCUCGUGUUGACGAAGACGGUGCCGUUCACGACGAGUUGAGGGACAUCAUCCAGACCUUGGAGAAGCACAAUCGCACUACUCUAUUCGUCUUGUCAAGAGCCCAUUCAACUCCCGUCUCCAAUCUCUCGAGUGUCCUCGAGGCAGCAGAAGAGCCGAUUCAGAAUGCAGUUGCGGCCAUCACGAAGCUUGCGCAAUCGGCGUCAAAGGUGCCUUAUUACAAAUUUAAUAGCAUGUGGACGCGACAAAUGCAGGAUGCGGCAUAUGGUAUGCUGUUCUGGGGCUGGCUCGGCGGCUAUAAGCAAGAAGGCGAUGGGAUUAGAUGCGGGCGGCUCCUGACCAUCGAAGAGCUUGGUGAGAUCAUGAAAAUUCCUGUCAAUCUCAAAGACAGGGAUGAAUUCCACCUUACCAUCGAGGAAUAUCUCCAUGCCACCAUCUCAUUAGUUGAAGAACUCACACGCCUUGCUCGCAAUUCCGUCACCCUUGGCGACUACGAACGGCCAGUUUUGGUGAACCAAUUCGUCAAGGACCUCUUCGCGGGCUUCCAGAUUCUGAACCUGAAAAACGAUAACCUGCGUCGGAGGACUGAUGGCCUGAAGUACCGGGUCAAAGAGGUGGAGGAUGUGGUCUAUGAUCUCUCACUUAGGGACUUGGUCCCGAAGAAAACGGAGGGGUAGUAGAGUCAAGUUGAUGGGAUGGGAGAUAGUUGAUGUGGCGCAUGACUGUGGCGCUCCACCAUGGGAACUGCAUAGGGAAAUUACGCCUGCAGAAGGGGCAGAAAGGGAUAAUAUGUCGUAUGUGAGGAAGAAGGGAACUGUAGCAAGC